CUUCAAAGAGCGUCAAUAGAUUGCAUCCCUAACAAAACCUGGAGCCACGAAAACUAGAAAUUUUGUUGUAACUUGAAAAUCUUUUGCAUCGUUUUCUUCUUACAUAUUUGCAGAGCACGCAAAAUGUCGGAUUCUGAAGUUAGCAAUAUGUCGGACAGUGGCUCUGAAGAUGGAUCAAUAUCCAACAAGUCUCAGCAGAGUGUAAGAUCGAAAUCAGUCUUUCGCUCCCGAUCAAGGUCGCGUUCAAGGUCUAUGUCGCGUUCACGAUCUUCGCGGUCCCGUUCACGUUCUCAAUCUCAUUCAAAUCAUUCCGGUUCUGGAUCAGAUUCGCCACAACGUGGACGUGGACGCCGAAAGAGUGUCGAUUCCGAAAACGAAGAGGCGCAAGAGGACAUUGACUCGGAAGAAUAUGAUGAGGAAGAAAAUGACGAUCAUCCACGAAAAAAAAAGAAGAAGGAACGUUUUGGUGGUUUUAUUAUAGACGAAGCGGAAGUGGACGAUGAGGUUGAUGAAGAUGAUGAGUGGGAGGAAGGUGCCAAUGAAAUUGGCAUUGUGGGCAAUGAGAUUGAUGAAUUGGGUCCAACUGCUAGAGAUAUUGAAAUCAGACGUAGAGGCACAAAUUUAUGGGACACGCAGAAAGAAGAUGAGAUUGAAGAAUAUCUACGCAAGAAAUAUGCUGAUGAAUCAAUGGCAAAACGACAUUUUGGAGAUGGUGGCGAGGAAAUGUCUGAUGAAAUUACGCAACAAACGCUAUUGCCAGGUAUCAAGGAUCCUAACCUGUGGAUGGUGAAAUGCCGCAUUGGUGAAGAAAAAGCCACGGCGUUGCUUUUAAUGCGAAAAUACUUGACUUACUUAAAUACAGACGAUCCUUUGCAAAUCAAGUCGAUAAUAGCACCUGAAGGUGUUAAAGGAUAUAUAUAUUUGGAGUCAUAUAAGCAAACUCAUGUCAAAACAGCCAUUGACAAUGUGGGAAAUCUACGCAUGGGCAAGUGGAAGCAAGAAAUGGUGCCCAUUAAGGAAAUGACAGAUGUGCUUAAGGUGGUCAAGGAGCAAGUUGGCUUAAAGGUCAAGCAAUGGGUACGUUUAAAGCGUGGCUUAUACAAGGACGACAUUGCGCAAGUAGACUAUGUGGACUUGGCGCAAAAUCAAGUACAUUUAAAACUGCUGCCACGCAUUGAUUACACACGUAUGCGUGGCGCUUUACGCACAACAGCGACGGAAAAUGAUGAUAGCAAGCGCAAGAAGAAACGUAGACCACCAGCAAAACCGUUCGAUCCAGAAGCUGUGAGAGCUAUUGGCGGUGAAGUGCAUUCGGACGGUGACUUUUUGUUAUUUGAAGGAAAUCGAUACUCUCGCAAAGGUUUUCUCUAUAAAAACUUUACAAUGUCAGCAAUAUUAUCAGAGGGUGUUAAGCCUACACUAGCUGAGCUUGAGCGUUUUGAAGAAACACCAGAGGAGGUAAAUCUGGAGAUAAUGGUUAAUUCCAAGGACGAUCCCACAGCGGCGCAUUCAUUCUCCAUGGGUGACAAUGUAGAAGUUUGCGUCGGUGAUUUAGAAAAUUUGCAAGCAAAGAUUGUUGCAAUUGAUGGCACAAUGAUUACAGUUAUGCCUAAGCAUCAAGAUCUAAAGGAUCCUUUGAUCUUUAAAGCAAGUGAAUUACGCAAAUAUUUCAAGACUGGCGAUCAUGCCAGAGUUCUAGCUGGACGCUAUGAAGGCGAAACGGGCUUAAUUAUACGCGUGGAGCCAUCACGAGUUGUGCUUGUCUCUGAUUUAACCAAUCAUGAACUUGAGGUUUUACCUCGCGAUUUGCAAUUGUGCUCUGAUGUUGCAACGGGAGUUGAUUGUCUUGGUCAAUUUCAAUGGGGUGAUCUGGUGCAACUGGACUCACAAAAUGUUGGAGUUAUAGUGCGCUUAGAGCGUGAGAAUUUUCAUGUUUUGGGCAUGAAUGGUAAAUGCAUCGAGUGCAAACCGACUGCUUUGCAUAAACGGCGUGAAAAUCAAAAUACUGUAGCUCUGGAUGCGGAUCAAAAUCAAAUACGGCGACGUGAUAUUGUCAAAGUUAUGGAAGGACCUCAUGCUGGUCGGUCGGGUGAAAUAAAGCAUUUGUAUCGCAGCUUAGCGUUUCUACAUUGUCGCAUGUACACAGAGAACGGCGGUAUUUUUGUCUGCAAAACGCGCCACUUGCAGUUGGCCGGCGGUAGCAAAUCAAAUGUGAGCAAUGCUGGUACCUUGGGUGGCUUAGGAUUUAUGUCGCCACGUAUACAAUCACCCAUGCAUCCAUCUGGAGGACGUGGUGGUGCCCGUGGUGGCGGUACACGCGGUGGUCGCGGUGGCUUUCGUGUAACGCGAGACCGUGAACUUUUAGGGAAAACUAUCAAAAUUUGUGGUGGUCCCUAUAAAGGUGCUGUUGGAAUUGUCAAGGAUGCCACCGAGAGUACAGCACGCGUGGAAUUGCAUACAUCAUGCCAGACAAUUUCUGUGGAUCGCAAUCACAUUGUUAUUGUUGGUGAACCCGGCAAAGAGGGCAGUGUUUCUACAUAUGGACGUACACCUGCACGUACGCCUGGUUAUGGGGCACAGACACCAAGUUAUACAGCUGCUGGCUCGAAGACUCCAUUGGUUGGCAGUCAAACGCCCAAUUGGGAUACUGACACUCGUACUCCUUAUGGAACAAUGACGCCAUCGCAUGAUGGCAGCAUGACACCACGUCAUGGCGCUUGGGAUCCUACAGCUAACACAACGCCAGCUCGGAACACAGACUUCGAUUAUUCUUUGGAAGAGCCUAGUCCCAGUCCCGGCUACAAUCCAAGCACACCGGGAUAUCAAAUGUCAUCGCAGUUUGCUCCUCAAACACCUGGCACGCUUUAUGGUUCGGACAGAAGUUAUAGUCCGUUUAAUCCUAGUCCUAGUCCUACACCUUCACCUUAUCCAGUGGGUUAUAUGAACACGCCAUCGCCAUCGACUUACUCACCAAAUACUCCAGGUGGCGUACCACAAUCCCCAUAUAAUCCUCAGACACCUGGCGCUAGUUUGGAUUCAUCUAUGGGAGAUUGGUGUACAACUGACAUUGAGGUUCGUAUUCACACUCAUGACGACACUGAUCUCGUGGGUCAGACUGGUAUUAUACGGACGGUUUCGAACGGAGUAUGCUCAGUGUUCUUACGUCAAGAGGAUCGCAGUGUAUCCAUUGUUAGCGAGCACUUGGCUCCCGUUUACCCCAACAAUGGUGAUGAAUUCAAGGUUAUCUAUGGUGAGGAAAGAGAAUCUGUUGGAAAAGUCUUGUCAAAGCAAGAUGGCGACGUACUUGUUUGCAAAAUCAACGACGAAGUUAAGAUGAUACCCAUUAAUCACUUGUGCAAAAUGAAGUCAAUCGAUUAAUGUGGAUCAUUUGCUAAAUAUCCUGGAUUAAAGCAAUGUAUAAACUUGCAUAUAUAAUGAUUGUUGAAAAAUACAAAUUUAUUCAGUAAA